CCUCCCCGACCUCAAUUCCGCCAGCCUCGCCGGAGUCGCUCGCCUCCCUCGCACGCAUCGGCGGCUUGAUCGAUCCCCCCACCCACCGCACGGGCGGAAUUAGGCCGACCCCGAUGAGCUCCCCGGCCGCCGCGCCCGCGGGAGACCUCGUCCUCCCUGUGCCGGCGCUGCCGCCGAUCAAGACGGCGGCGGCGGCGCCUGCUGCACGAACGUCGUCGGCGCCGUCGACUGCGCCGGCGAUGUCCGACGACGGGAAGGCUCUGAAGGAGGAGGUGGAGGAGGGGGAGGGGGCGGAGCCGACGACGCCGACGUCGGAGGAGAGCAGGCUGCGGGCGCCGACCGAGUGCCCGCCGGCGCCGAGGAAGCCGGCGCGGACGACGCCGCUGAAGAGGAAGUCGCCGUCUUCGUCGUCGUCCCCGCUGGUGUUCUUCCCCGUCCAGCGCGACCUCUCCGCCGUGUUCCGGUCGCUGCCGCCCAAGAAGCGGAUCCGCGCCGGCUGACGGAGCACCGGCGCCGCCGCCACAGCUCAAUUGGCCGUGGAUCGUGGAGCUCCAUGGCUCGAUCCAUCCACUUCCUGGUGAAUUCUUCGAGUUCUUCCACUUCUCGUACUUUCUCUCUCUCUCUCUCUCUCUCUCUCUCUCUCUCUCUCUCUCUCUCUUCUGGUUCUUGGUUCCCACGGCCAUGGUACAAUCUCUCGUGCAAAUAAUGUGUUGUUUCAUUUUUAUUUUUUUUCUUCUCUCUUUUUAGAGGGUUUGUGUGAAGAAGAAAUUGUAGAAUUAUUUAUAGGAGAUGAAAUGGGGAAAGGAGAAAGAAGUUGUAAGAGAAAAUUCCCAGAGAUCUUGUUACUUAAUUAUUUAAGUAUAGUUCAUCAUACAGCUCUGAGAUUUUACAGGCUCAAAUUCCUCUCUUCUCCCUGAUGUUUUUCUCUCUCUGCUCAUCGAGCCUUGAAUCUUUUGCCAAAUUCAGCUCAAAUUUCUUUGAGCGCACACAGAGAAAUGAAGCAACUUUGUGACAAAUGGCAGGUACUUGGGGGUGUGGACCCAAGAACAAACAAAGAUCUGUUAAGUUUAACUGAAUUCUGACAAUGUUCAGGCUGCUGCUGAUCCAGAAUUAGUGGAGAGAUUCAACUUCGAGUGAGUAAUUAGUACUACUACUACUACACAUGUAUGUGCAAUGCUGAAGAAAAAUCCAGUUGGUGGGUGUGGCUGGCCUGUGAUCAUGUACUUGUGGUUCUUUUGUCCCUGCAGCAGCAUAGCAUACUGGUGAUGAGGGAGGAUGAUGAUAAGCCAAACACACUGCAGAGAAUCUUCUAUUCAUGAGAACAACAAGACAUGAUCUUUCUUCUCCAUCUCUGUCAAUUCUGAUUAAUUCCUCUUGGGCUCCAUGGGAAGCAGCAGUGUCACUGUCAUGGCAGAGGGUGGCAAAUGCGGAACUGUAGCAUGGCGUGGUCGAUGAUGAUCCGGAGUAAGUGGAGGGAGGAGGAAGAAGCGGAGGAGGAAGAGGAAGAGGAAUGUGGAAGCUUUUCCAUGGCUCACAUCACAUGGGCUGUUACGUUUUGCAGUUACAGCCUGCCUCCUCAGGAAUAGGUCUCACCACCUUCCUCGUUUUGGGAAGGAAAGCCAUUACCAUGAGUGAGAGUGAGAGCAAAGCAAGGCAUCUUCUUCUUUGGACAGAGCUGCAGAAUUGCACUUCAUCUCAUCUCAAUCUUGUGUAUGCUCUGCUUCUGCAGCAGGCAGAGUGCCUGUUGCUCUAGAAAGAAUGGAGGUAGGAGGAGGAGGAGGAGGAGGAGGAGGCUGUGGUUGCGUGUUGCGUGGAGAAGAAGAGAGAUUCCUGUGGCGACAUGGGCAUGUGCAGGGGAUCAAAGUGUUACGCGGCAGGAGAAGAAAGGCUACUCACCUCUCCUCCUCCCUGUAAUGCUAAUGGCUAAUAUGCCAUUAUUCUCCUCCAAUCAUGAGCUGCAUCAUGUAAUUAGUUACUCCUAGCGUAGUAUUAUGCCGCCAUUGGUGCUUAAUUAACCUUUGCCUUUCGUGGUAAACAUUGGCUGAAUCUCCUCCUCUCACAUGUCGGGACUGUUUGCGUCAAGAAAUUGCCAUGCGUACAACUCAACCAUCUGAUUUACGUAUGAUCCAAUUGAUCAAUGGCUACAGUGCUACUUAUUUAACCCAUGGUUGCAGUCGUGCGUAGAUAGUAUAAUUGGGUCGUAUGCAUAGCGUGAUUGUUAUAAUAAACGGCCGAGGAUAAGCUUAAUGGUGAAAAUCUAAAUAAUUUAAGUUUUUCAGUUUCCGAUUUCUAGUUCAUCUCUAGAUUCUACCA